AUGCUGAACCAAAGGGAUCGCUUUUAUGCACCACAUGCUGUAGUCUAUCCGGGCGGCCCCAGUCUCUGGCAUGUCAUUGACUGGGACCAGCGACGGCUAGUUGUUGUCAAGAUGGAUCAAGAACAAGACGAGCCUGACAUUGCCUUUGACGCUCUUCUCAAGCACAUUGAUAAUUUGCCUCCUGAUGUCUACCGCAUCCAUCUCUCGCCUUCCGCGGACAUUCUGUCCACGUCCAACGAUCCCAAGGACGAUGAAACCUUGUGUGUCUUUCGCCCGCCAGUCAGUGCAGCGCAAUUGCCUGAUGGUACUGCCACCACAUCUCGAGCAGAACUUGACGAAGUGGCGAGACUCGGUCCCAAUGUUGACCUGGUAGUGUACUCAAAUUCGACCCAGCUGGAUGACAAGUUUGUCUUCAAGUACUUCUUCCUCUUUGAGCACCUAGGCUUCAAUUGGCAUGAGAUGAGCCUCUGGUGUCGCCUCAAGCAUCCCAAUAUUGUCCCCUUUGACAGAGUGGUUGUUGACGAGCUUGAGGGACGUAUUGUCGGCUUCACAUCCAAAUACAUACCUGGUGGCACACUCGAGGAGAAUCCGGAUCGUGUUUUUAAGCUGAAGUGGCUUCAUCAGCUUAUCCAUGUCGUUGACGACCUCAACCUAAGACUCGGCCUUGCUCAUCAAGACGUUGCACCCAGGAACGUCGUCAUCGAUGAGCCAACUGACACGCUGCUUUUAUUCGAUUUCGAUUUCUCCGCCCGCAUAGGAAAGACGGGGUACUCGGAGCCUCGAAAUGACAUCAAAGGCGUCGUCUUUACCAUGUAUGAGGUCAUCACCCGCGAUAAAGCUCGCCGUGAGAAGCGGCACGAGGAUCAAGAUGUAUCAGCGGUUGACCAGAUGGACUGGUCCAAGCAUCCAGAUGCCAGGCUGGACUCCCCCGUUCAUGACUUCCGCAAGGUCCUCGACGACUGGCGUGAACGGAGGCGAAAGGGGAAGCAAAUUUCGGUCAACACAGACGCUCCAAACGCGCUUGACUGGCCGCCGCUUCCCGACCCGGAACCUACCACAGAUCAGGGUGCGGAAGUUGAAACAGUUUCGGAGUUACGAGAGCCAGACGGUUGGGAUCCGGAGUCCCAGAAGCAAUAUGAUUGGAAGAGAACCGAGUUGCUGCAAGAGGGCAAGGUGGUCCUGAAUUGGCAAAGGCCACCACAGAAAUGGCCAGAAAUCGAUGACACCAGUAAAUAA